GAUGUGGAUCAGCUAGUGAAGAGGAUGAUGGCCCUGCAGACAGACAUUGUGGACCUGCAGAGAAGCCCACUAGGUCGUAAACAAGGAGGAACACUGGAGGAUUUAGAAGAACAAGCCAGAGAGCUCUACCGGAGAUUGAGAGAGAAGCCAAGAGAUCAGAGGACAAGCGGUGAUAGCCAAGAAAUAGUACGACUGCUCCUACAGGCAAUCCAGACCUUUGAAAAAAAAGUCCGAGUCAUUUAUGCUCAGCUCAGUAAAACUGUAGUUUGCAAGCAGAAGGCAUUGGAAUUGUUCCCCAGAGUGGAGAAAGUGAUGAAUCUGAUGAAUGAAGAUGAGGAAACAGUUGUUAGGCUUCAGGAGAAACGGCAGAAAGAACUGUGGAACUUGCUGAAAAUUGCUUGUAGUAAAGUACGUGGUCCUGUUACUGGCAGUCCAGAGAGCAUGAACACAUCACGUCUUGGUAGCCCUGGUCAGCUGCUGCUGCAGGUCCCUUCUGGAACCUACAAUUUAUCAGAAUCUGUCAGGAAAAGCGAGGAGCUACUGCUGGAAUCACAGAAACUCUGUAGCCAACUAGAAAAUGUGAUGCAUGACACAAUGAAGGACCAGGAGCAGAGCUUCAUGGCUCUAGAUUGGAGCUGGCUGCAGCUUCAGGUAGAAGAAACAAACAGUCCAGAACAAACCCAGAUGUAAAAUCACUUCGGUUGCCUCUGAAGACAUGCUACUUCAGGAAGCCAACUGUGAAAAGCUGCUGCCUCUGAGAAGGGAAGUUCAACUGCCUCCUUCUACUGUCACCUACUGCUUAUGUAACCACCUCUCAGACACUUUUUUCCACAAAGACACAGUAGGAAAUGCCUGUUCUAACUGCUUGGAAAAAGUUCUUAAUUGUGCCUUAAGACAGCAGAUAUUGUUAUUCUCUGUCCUGAUGUAUCUUCCCUUAGGCAACACAUGUGGUUGUUUUGCUGCCUUUUAGGCUUUCUAAUGAACAAUGGACAACGCAUGCAAUCAGCUUGCACAGUCAGUGGUAGAUGUCACCUUCCUAAUAUACUUGAACUGUGAAC